AUGGCGGAUGCAAAGAAGCCGUUCCUGACGCCUGAUCAGGUGAGGACUGCGGCUCUUACCUACGUGGAUAUUUUGGAGAAAAGUAUCACCAACGGCGCUGCCAUCGCCGGAACCGUGACGUUUCUUCUGAACGGAGGUGUCUCGUUCAGAAUUCGGGUUAACGCGCCAAGCGGCAGCCGUCAAAAAGAGAACUGUAAGGAGUUCAUCCUUGCUGUACUAGCUCACAUUGUCCACUGGAAGCUGCAGGGGCAAAAUCAGGGAAAAGCCGACCUUGUGCUACUGCCUGAAAAGCUGAAGGAAAUCAUGCUAAGCGACUCGCUGGAUUACGCCAAGUUCAAGGCGUAUUUCACAAACAGAGCGAAGAUUCCUGUUGUGGGUCUGAAGGGCGUUAGCGAAAACCUCACCACCGAUGAAAAUGUGCUUCCUUGGCUCCAGACUCAUCGGUUUGAGAGGGGCCUGGAAGAAAUCAAGGUGGAGGUACCCGGGUCGUUAUGCAAUCGACAGAUCCGCCUCUUGCUUUAG